AUGAGAAGCUACGGCUACUGCGGAUCCAAGAAGGAAUUAUGGUAUUCCUCGUGGGGCGCGCAAGGCAAAUCUCCAAUUUGGCAAACAACGAGACCGUCCGGGCCUUCGCGCUAUCGCUCUUUGGCGGGAGAAAAGUCUUGCCGACAGAACCACAGGGUAGCGAUUUCCACACGGGAAUUUACUCCGGGACUUCCGCAGCGUCGUCCUCUUCUGUGGGGGCGAUUGAAAGUGAAACGCCCAUUAGAAGUGAUGUUACGGUUGCUGCUGGUGGUGUUAAAUCCAGCAGCAAGAUUUCUGCUGCCGAUGCGGGUGCAGCUGUUGUGA